UCCCUCCGUCAACGCGGAAGUGCAGCGCCCCGGCCGCUCGUCUCUUCCGCUCGCCCUCCACGCACCUGUCUCGCCAUCCGCGUCCCGGCGGCCGUUUGACCUGCGGUGAUGGCGAUGUCGACAUUCCAGAAGGUGACCCUCGCGACGUGCCUCGUGCUGUGCGUGGCGCUGCUGCUCCCCAAGCUGCUGCUGUCGCGGGGAAAGAAGGAUGCUGCCGAGCGGCCGGAGGGUUCAGGUCGGUUCCCUCCGAUGAUGCACCGUCAGGCGGCCUCAGAGGGCCGCGGACAGAGGGCCGCGAGCGCCGGCUCAUCCAGAGCCCACAACACCGAGGCCAUCGCCAAGGCGAAGGGAGCGGGAACGGGGGCGGGGACCGGAGGCAAAUCCAACCUGGCUGGACAGAUCAUCCCUGUGUACGGCUUCGGGAUCCUACUCUACAUCCUCUACAUACUGUUCAAGAUCACAUCCAAGGGGAGCAGUAAGCCGCCAGAUAGCAGGUUUCCUGCCGUCCGGUCAGAGAACAAGAAGAGAAAGAUCACUGACUUUGAACUGGGUCAGCUGCAGGAGAAACUGAGGGAAACAGAGUUGGUGAUGGAGAACAUCGUUUCCAGCGCCCACCACAGCCCUGGCAGGGUGAAGGGAGUGAUGGCGGAUCAGGAGGAGAGUCUCCUGCAGCAGCUGACGGAGAUAACCCGGGUGAUGCGGGAGGGCCAGCUGAUGGAGGGCAUGGCUCCAGAAAAGAAAGCCCAGGAAGACUGGGAAGAUUAUCCCGAGGAGCCUCAUCAGCACUGGGAACAUUCCCCCUGCUGUUGUCAGCACACUCAGCAGCACCCCAGUCCACAGACGGAGACAGAGGCCGAGGGGCCUGAAGCCGCUAGAGGUGGCCUGCCGGAAAACGUUCCCGCUGAGGACUCUACAGGCGGAGCAGAGGCCGAGAAGGCAGAGGACCUGAACACAGACGCCAUGAGGGAAUCUGAUUUGACAGCAGGAAGCAAGGAGGAGGCGGGGCUGCAGAGUGAUUCAGGUGUAAAGCAGAGGGUGGACCUACAUGAGCACAAGGGGGGAGGGGGUCACGUCGAUCUGGGUGUCCCAGAGGAGGAGCUGGCCGGAGUCCUGAAGGAGCUGGAGUUCACACUGCAGAUGACAUCCAUGAUGGAGCAGGAGAAGAUGGGGGACCUCACCCAGCCCGUGGAGAUGGAACCUGCACACAGCCAGGUCAGACGGAGGAACAAGAGGAGGAGGACAAAGAAAGCAACACACUGACUCAAACGUGACGCACAUAAACUUGAGCCUGGUGUCUGCGAGGACACGAGACGGACGAUAGCAGGAAUAUCUUUUGAUGGCUAUGUUUCUUAACUUGAAGGGAGAGGAGAAAUGUGUGAACAGAGCUGUUCAUCGUUUAUAUAUUGAAUUAAAACUUUCAAGAUAUACAACAUGUUUCUUUGGAAAAUUGAUUAGAGUUGCAACAGUUAAACAAUUAGUAAUAGUAAUUCUCUGAUUGCAGCUUCUUAAAUUUGAAUAUUUUCUGGUUUCUUUGCUCCUCUGACAGUAAACUAAAUAUCUCUGAUGUGUGGACAAAACAAAACAUCAUCUUGUGGUUUUGGAAACAUGAUCGAUUUCUCACCAUUUUAUGGACCAAACAAUUGACUAAUUUUCGUAACAAUAUAAUCGUAUACACAUAAUAGUUGCAGCCCUGCUCAUUUUUGAUUUUCAAAUAUGAUACUGUCUGUCUGCACAAGAAACUAAGAAAUUCAUUGUUAUUUAUUUAAUGUAAACCCAUGGGCAAUGCAGACAGGACUUCUCCUGGUUCCAGUUUUAUGUAAAAAAAAAAAAAUAAAUGUUAAUGACAUUAGUUGACAACCAGUAUGUUGAAUUAUCCUGGAAGUGAACAAGCCCAGUUUGUAUUUCUGUCUGGAAAGAGAUGAGUUGGUUUUCAUACCUGAAGUAUCAGUUUCAUUUCCUGUGACAUGAUUCUAAACAUAUUUCACAUCGAAUGCUCGCAUUAAAGGUAGUUAUACGAUUUUUAAAUGAAUAACAAACCAGAGGGAAUCAGGCCACUUCAAAAUACACUUGUUCUUCAGACGAGUACAUAUUGGGAUCACCAGAAAAUUAAUGAUUUCAGCUCACAUUUAUCAGUAGAAAACAUCUUGUAGGCAGGAGUUAAAGGAAUGAAACCAGAAUCAUUUGAUCACAUUACUGUAAUUGCCUUUUCCCCCCUCCUUUGUCAGCAUGUUGAACGAAACACUGCAGUCAUUGUGAACUUCCUCCAGUCUUCACAUCCAACCGAUAAAUGUUUCAGUAGUGAGGACCCUGGAUUCAAAGUUUGAAUAGACAACAAAUGCUGCAGGACAUUUGAGUAAACAGGGCGAUGCAUAUGGGACAUUUGUAAUGUCCUGUCUUCUACAUUAAGUAUUUAUGACUGGGCAAUUGUGUCCUAUGUACCAAUUAUUUUAAGAUUUUCACUUUUAUAAAACUUAUUUAUUUAUUAACUGUUCAGAAACCGCACCUGAGAAAGCAUAUCAGUAUAAAAUAAAUAAAAUAUUGUGAAUACAA